AUGAUCUGGUUUCUACAUUUCGUCGCUUUGCUGUUGCUCAGCUUCCAUGUCACUGCACUCCCCUCUGGGGUUAAGCAUGAGCUUGAACAGCGGGACGUUGCCCAGGAGAAUGAGCAGCCAAGUGUGAUCGUCUAUGUGAACGAGAUGGGGCAGACCCUGAGCGUCGAAACCCUCAUCCCUACUGCCACAGCCCCGGUCAAUGCUCCCACGGAUGCUUCGUUCGCCGAGACAAACGUGCUUUCGCCCGCUGCCCCCGCCAGACCCCAAGCUCAAGAGCGGUUUGGUGUGACCUAUUCCCCAUUCAACGACGAUAGCUCCUGCAAAACCCAGGCCCAGGUCAAUCACGACAUGGACAAAAUUGCUGGUUCUUACAGCUUCGUGCGUAUAUAUGGUGAGCCAUGCGACCAGACUCGAAAGGUCGUCCAGGCCGCCCGAGAGCGUCAUAUCCGCGUCUUCGCCGGCGUCUUUGACCUCCAAAACUUCCCAGCCAAUCUCGACGAGAUCAUCCGAGUUGCCGGCCGCGACUGGUCCAUCUUCCACACCAUCAGCAUCGGCAACGAGCUCGUCAAUAAGGGACAGGCCUCCGUCCCCCAAGUAGUCAAUGCCGUCAAUACCGCGCGUCAGAAGCUCCGCAGCGCCGGCUACCAAGGCCCCGUGGUGACCGUCGAUACCUUCUCCGUGCUCCUCAAGCACCCGGAACUCUGCCAGGCCUCUGACUAUUGCGCCGCCAACUGCCAUGCCUUCUUCGACGCCAACAUGACCCCCGACCGCGCGGGCGCGUAUGCCCUGGAUCAGUCCCGUAGGAUCUCAGCGGCCGCUGGGGGCAAGCGCACCGUCAUCACGGAGUCUGGGUGGCCGCACCACGGCCAUCCGAACGGACGGGCAGUCCCCACGCGCGAGAACCAGGCCACGGCCAUCAUGACCCUGUCCCAGAGUUUCAAUAGACAAUGGGACGAUCUCAUCUUCCAUUCUGCCUUCGAUGAUUUCUGGAAGCAAGAUACUCCGGAUUCCUUUGGAACUGAGAAAUACUGGGGCCUUGAAAUGCGUUAG